CGCGGACUGCUCUUCCGAAUCACAUCACACCUGGUUCAGCUCCGCAGCAGACGAAGGAGACAAUCACCAGCUCCCCACGAUGUCCGAGACCGACAAGGGCCAAUACAGGAGCGUACCUAAGCGAGAAAAUGCCGACGAGGGUCCAUCCCAGUCCGGUGAUGCAAUAUGUCUCAAACCAAAAAUGGGACUCGUCAACGGUAUAACAGUAAUCGUCGGUAGCAUCAUCGGUUCCGGUAUCUUUGUCAGUCCAAAGGGGGUGCUUGCCGGUACCGGCAGUGUUGGUAUGUCCCUAGUUGUAUGGAUAACUUCUGGAUUUUUUUCCAUGAUCGGGGCGUAUUGUUAUGCUGAGCUAGGCUGUAUGAUUUCCAAGAGCGGAGCCGACUAUGCGUACAUCAUGGAAUCCUUUGGGCCUUUUGUCGCUUUUCUAAGACUUUGGGUCGAAUGUAUGAUUGUAAGACCAUGCUCACAAGCAGUAGUGGCCCUUACCUUCUCCUUCUACGUCCUGAGACCUAUUUUUCCGGAUUGUGAUCCACCAGAUGCAUCAGUUCGAUUCCUGGCUGUUCUAUGCAUAUGUUUACUUACAUUCGUAAACUGCUGGGAUGUUAAAUGGUCGACCAGAGUUCAAGAUUUGUUUACUUUCGGAAAAUUAUUCGCUCUCGCAAUUAUUAUUGGAACCGGAAUUGUUCAACUCGCCUACGGUCAAACACAGUAUUUUACUUUUGAAAAUACGGAGACAGACGUCACGAAAAUUGCGCUGUCAUUUUAUUCUGGAUUAUUUGCUUAUAAUGGAUGGAAUUACCUCAAUUUUGUUAUUGAAGAAUUGAAAAAUCCACAUCAAAAUCUGCCGAAAGCUAUUUUCAUCUCAUGUAUAUUAGUAACGGUUGUGUAUACCAUGACUGUUGUAGCAUUCCAUACAACUCUAUCUGUAGCAGAAGUAUUGGGAGCAGAAGCAGUGGCAGUGACUUUUGCGGAUGCCUUGUACGGCGUCAUGGCUUGGAUUGUCCCCGUAUUUGUAGCCAUGUCCACAUUCGGAGGUGUGAACGGAAUUCUCUUCACUUCAUCAAGAUUAUUUUAUGCCGGUGCCGAGCAAGGGCAGAUGCCAAGAAUUUUAUCUAUGAUUCAAGUCACUCACUUGACUCCAGCUCCAGCUGUCAUUGCUAUGGCGCUGCUCUCUAUUUUGUAUUUGUGCUCCAGUGAUAUUUAUGCUCUCAUAAACUAUGUUGGAUUUGCUACUUGGCUAGCCAUUGGAUUAGCCGUACUGUGUCUUCCUUACUUGAGGUGGAAACAGCCGAAUCUUCCUCGACCAAUAAGAGUAAAUCUGAUAUUUCCUAUAAUAUAUAUCAUUGCUUCCAUUUUCAUCACAGUCGUUCCAAUGAUGGCUGAUCCCGUGGGAACAGGUUUUGGAGCCCUAAUAAUUGCAACGGGAAUUCCAGUCUACCUCAUAUUCGUUUAUUGGGAAAAUAAACCAAAAGCUAUAAGAAGAUUUUUUGAUUCCAUGACGUUUACCCUGCAAAAACUACUUGUGGUUGUACCUUCUGAAAAAAGCGCAUGAUACGAGAUUUCAUUAUUUCUCAAUGUCAUUUAAUUCUUUGCUCACAAUGUAUAACUUUUGCGAUGUACUAUUCAAUAUGACUUUUGAAACUACAUUUGUGAAUACAGCAGCUUUGUUACGAAUUUAAAUAUAUAGAUGCGUUAUAUAUUCUAUAUAUAUUCUAUUACUGAAUAAUGUGUAGAGAAACGCAUCUAAUAAGUAUAUUUUAUCUGACAUUUUAUAAACUAUUGCCUUUAACUAAAGCUAAAAGUGCAAACGAUGUUUAAUUUUUAAAAUUUUACCCAAGCAUGCCAUAUACAUUGCUUUUUACUGAAAAUGCAAAAGCUUAGAAUGUUUUAUUAAUUUAUAGUUUUACCUUUUUUGUGUUAUACAUCCAAACAUGCAAAGACUAAAUUGAGAUUUUAAAAUUUUACUUUGGUUUUAUACAAGCUCCUUAAAAACGUCCUAUUUAGUGUGUUCAUCUUAUUUCAAACUUUUCAACGAAGCUUCUUAUUGCAACUGAAGCUUGAUCAUUUCAAAUAUUUGAACAAUUUUAAAUAUUUUUUAAUGAUAUUAUUGAUACUGGCAGCUUCUUUUUACACCCCAGUACUGUUGAACACGCAGUCUUGUAUGUAUACGUUUAAGAUACAUAUCAAGUCGGUCUAUAAUAGUCUGAUUUUCUUGCUAGUUUGCAUUCAAAUUUUUAUUAAUUUAUAUCAAUCAUAUAUAAAAUAUAGAUGAACUCCAUGCACAACUUGUGACCUAGACGAUCAUUCCAAUUGAUGGAAAUGCUCCCUAUGCCAAAAUUUUUAUUAACUGAUGAUUACCUAUGAUGAUUAAUAAUAAUAGUUCUAUAAUAUGCACCAUUUAUACGAUGUAUGCUAUAUUUUUUAAAUUUUUAUAACAGUAGAACAGCGUUCAGAAUGUAAAAACAUCUGGACUGCCAAAACUCGCGCAUUGAAAGAGAGCCUAAUUUAUGCAUUAAUAGCUUGAGUAGUUAACUUUCAUAUUCGAUACACUUACAGUAACGCGCAGAUAUCCAUGUUUACUCAGAUGGACCAAUUUUUAAUGUCAAAAUGAUUUUUUUAUUGAAUAAUAAAAUUAAAAAAUCAUACCAUUUGUAUUGAAUGUGUUUGAAGCAGUUUUGAGUGCUCUUCAUAAAUAAAUACACAUAUCAGCGUUUUCCUUCUCUUUUAUUUGUUUUUAAUAAGCUUUAUUCUCAUAAAAAAAUCUACAAAAUAUGAUUUUCCUGCAGAAUACAAAUGAGGCAGUGAGAAGCAAAGGGAGGUAAGUGGCAAAAUUAAAAAUUUGGAAAUAACCAGCACACAUGGUAGGUGAACCUCUCCUCUGUCUUGAGGCAAGAGAUGGUACUAGUAGCCCUGGUAGUUACUGCUAUACAGCGUGAUUUAGAAAAAAAAUUCAAUGAAAGCCUACCUAGGAUGUUAUCUUUAAACGCAUUUUACUCACAACUUGAAAAUGUCCACUUACAUCCCUUUGCUUCUCAAUGCCUCAAAUGUUUCUUGUUAAAUUAUGAAUUACAGAGAUUUUUUUUAAAAAUAAAAUUCAAUUUACCAUUUAUUGAAUAGGCAUCUCCUUAUUUUUCCCUUACAUAUAUUUAUUGUUUUUAAAUUGCGAUAUUUUAUUUUUAGAUAUAUCAUAGAAAAUUUUGUAUCAUGUUUUCGAAAAAAAAAAAAGAAAAAAGAAAAAAAAACAAUCAAUCAAUCAAGUAGAUGUUAUUUGAAUUGUCUGCGCAUGUAAAGUUAUUCAUUGUAUCAUUUGCCAUAUGAAUAUAGAAGCCCAAGACUGACAUUUUUUUUUUUGGUACAGUACAUUCCAGGAAAAAAAAUUGACACGUUUUCUUUCUGCGAACUAUGGUGAAAUUAGGUUGACGUUUUAGCAUGUGGUUAAAGAUUUUUAAGACACUUAACAAAAUUUUUUAGAGAAACAGACGUCCAAUCCUUUUAUAUUAAUCAUGUAACUUCCGUUGUUGAAGAUAAUCAUUUCGUAUUUUUGUUAAACUUGUGGCAAUCACACUAAUUUUCAAAAUAUUUGUUACAUGAAUUAUUAUUUCAAAUUUUAUAUUAUUAUUGUUGUAUUUAUUUAUUUUUAUAACUUUUCCUUUCGGUAUUCGACCUCGUUAUUGCCAAUAAAAUGAUGGUCAUUUUUAUGCAACCAACAUUUCCCCUAUCGCAAAAACAAUAGCUCGUUCAACAAUCAGCAGAUGGCUCCGCCACUCAACUGCAGCUCUUGAGUUCAGAUACGAAGCUGAAAGGGAGAGAAAUUGUCUCUGUAGCCGUAGUAAUUGCUCAAUGACUGAUACAAAUGACUUUCAGGCACAGAGAUUUAGCAAACACUGCUUUGCAUGUAGUCGGUGGGUCUCUAUAGCCUUGGGCAUUGAACCCACGAUUUUCUCUGAAUCUCAAAAUCAUGUAACCAGAUAUACUUCACAGAAUUUUCACCCUGUUGGAUUUAAGUGAUUCCGUGUAAUUUUAGUAUGAUGUUAAAAUUUUUUGUUUUGUUUUAAGUUCCUGAAAAAUAUAUUUCAUGUUCACAAUCAUUCAUAUUGUAUGCUGUUUUAAGUUUACGUUAAAAGUAUGCAAAUUACAGCUGUUAUUGGAUGCCAAAAUUUAUAUCAAAAUCUUUUCUAUGCUUCUCAUGUAGCUUUGGAAUUUUGCUAAUAAAAGUAUUAUACUGAU